UCAAGGAGCACACCAUCACUGAUGAGCGAAAAGGGGCUGCAGCAGUCAGUUUCUUCCACACCAUGGUUUACGUGCUGUUUGUUCUUUUGAGCCUGACAAUCCUUCUCGUCGCCCUCUACUUUCUGGGCGCUUUGAGAAGAAGGAGACCUAACGAGCCGCCCCUGGACACCGGCCACCUGCCAUGGCUCGGCCACGUCCUGUCCUUCCGAAGGGACACAGAGCAGUUCCUGCAGGAGAUGCAGAAAAAGCACGGGGAUAUCUUCACAGUCCAGCUAGCCGGCCGUUACUUUACGUUCCUGAUGGACCCGAUAUCCUACGGAGCCGUGGUGAAGGCGCCUAGAUCGAAGCUAGACUUUGAAAAGUUUGCUGUUGAGUUGGUUGCAAGGGUGUUCGGAUAUCAUGCCCAAGAGGAUGACCACAAGUUGCUGGAGGUAGUGAGCAACAAAUUCCUAAUGGGGAACGGGUUGGUGGACUUGACCCAAGCUAUGAUGAUGAAUCUGCAGAAGCUGAUGCUUCACCAGCCAGCGGACGGUGCCGGGGAAUGGAAGCAAGAUGGACUGUUUCAUUACUGCUACAACAUAGUGUUCAGGGCGGGCUAUCUCGCCCUGUUCGGCACCGAGUCAGCCAAGGGCGAUCAGGACCGUGCCGAUCAGCUGGACCGAGAGCACUCGGACCAACUCUUCGUCCAGUUCAGGAAAUACGACCGACUGUUCCCCCGGCUGGCUUACGCCGUGCUCCCGCCCAGGGAGAAGCUGGAAGCCGAGAGGCUCAAGAGGAAGUUCUGGGACCUGCUCUCGGUGCAGGGCAUGAGAAACCGGGAGCAGAUCAGCGGCUGGGUCUCGGAGCGCCAGCGGCAGCUGAACGAACAAGGUGUGAAUCUCGAGAUGCAGAGCCGCUACAUGUUCCUGCUGCUCUGGGCGUCGCAGGGGAACACCGGUCCCUCGGCGUUCUGGCUCCUCCUAAACCUCUGCCGCUGCCCUCAAGCAAUGAGCGCAGCGCGGGCCGAAGUGGACCAAUUGCUGGCGCAGACCGGCCAGCGAGCGACGGCGGUCGGACCGCCCGUCAACCUGACCCGGGACAUACUGCAGAAGACCCCGGUGCUGGACAGCGCCGUGGAGGAGAGCCUGCGUUUGAACGCCGCUCCGCUGCUGACCAGGGCCGUGGUUCAAGACACUGAGCUGGCGAUGGCCGACGGCCGGCGCUACUCGCUGCGGAAAGGGGACCGUGUGGCUCUCUUCCCUCACCUGUCGCCGCAGAUGGACCCGGAGGUGCACCCGCGGCCUCACUCCUUCCAGUUCGACCGGUUCCUCAACGCGGACGGGACGAGGAAGACGGACUUCUACAAGAAGGGGCAGAAGGUGAAAUAUUACAGCAUGCCGUGGGGAGCAGGCGUCAGUAUGUGUCCCGGUCGCUUCUUCGCAACCAACGAACUGAAGCAGUUCGUUUUCCUCAUGCUGUGCUACUUCGACUUCGAGCUGCUCAACCCCGAGGAGAAGAUACCUCCCAUUGAUACUAGCCGCUGGGGUUUUGGCACAAUGCAGCCUACUUACGAUGUCCAGUUUAGAUACCGCUUCAGGUUUUAGCUGUUUGCUACAAUUUCUUCCAAGCACACACACCCGUCCUAUUCACCUAACACUUACAACCCCAAAGCAACUAAUCACUACUACAUUAAAAGAAGAGAGAUUGAUAAAGUUCUGGAUAUGAAGGGAAUCAAUGGGUAGAGGGUAAGGACAGAUAAAUGGAGCGGAGGCUACCCGUGAAUAUGGGGUGCCAUCUCGUUUGCGUUUGGCCUUGUUGUUGCAGUAGAGAAGGUCGAAGUCAGACAGGUCUGUGUGAGAAUGGGGAGGAGAAUUAGAAUGACAUGCAGCUGGAAGCUCAAGACGGCUGUUAGCGACAGCGCAGGUGCUGCGCAAAAUAGUCGCUUCGUCUACUCUUGGACUCACUAAUGUAGAGGAAGCCAUAUUGGGAGCACCAAAUGCAAGUUGAUGAGAUCGGAGAAGGCGCAGAUGAAUCUCUGCUUCACUUGGAAGGGCUGUUUAGGUCUUCGGAUGAUGAUGAUUCAGGAGGUGAGGGGACACUUGUGGUAAAGUAGCAGGAGACUUGGGAGGAGUGGGCGGAUAGGUACGAGCAGGCCAGGAGAUCGUGGAGAGAGUGGUCCCUGCAGACAGCAAAAACGGGCGAAGAGAGGAAGAUGUGACUGGUGAUGGCAUCCCGGAUUACCUAACGAUUGUACUUGAACAUCAGAAAAUAAAUAAUUGAACUUAAA